AGACAGUGGCUGGCCAGCUACUCAUUCUACUCUCAAUACUGACCUGGAAUUUAGAAGACGAUUCCCAACCUACACAAUGGCAGAAGAUAAGAUCACUGGAACCCUGGUUUUCACUGUCUUCACUGCUGUGCUGAGUUCCUUCCAGUUUGGAUAUGACAUUGGUGUGAUCAAUGCACCUCAAGAGAUAAUAAUAUCCCAUUAUAAACAUGUUUUGAGUGUUCCACUGGAUGACCGAAAGGCUACUAACACCUAUGCUGUCAACAGGACAGAUUCUCUAACUUCAGUCACACCCCCAAUGGACUCAACACCAACCUACUUGGCUGAGGAAGAGGCUAGACAAUCUGUGGGCCUAAUCACCAUGCUCUGGUCCCUGUCUGUGUCUAGCUUUGCAGUUGGUGGAAUGGUUGCAUCCUUCUUUGGUGGAUGGCUGGGGGACAAGCUUGGAAGAAUCAAAGCCAUGUUGGUAGCAAACAGUCUCUCAUUAGCUGGAGCUCUCUUGAUGGGGUUUUCCAAACUGGGACCAUCUCAUAUCCUUAUAAUUGCAGGAAGAAGUAUAUCAGGACUCUACUGUGGGCUGAUUUCAGGACUGGUUCCCAUGUAUAUUGGUGAAAUUGCUCCAACGACACUCAGAGGUGCUCUUGGCACUCUCCAUCAACUGGCCCUUGUCACUGGCAUUCUCAUUAGUCAGAUUAUUGGCCUCGAGUUUAUCCUGGGCAAUCAUGAUCUGUGGCACAUCCUGCUUGGCCUGUCUGCUGUACCAGCACUCCUCCAGUCUCUGCUCCUAUUCUUCUGUCCAGAAAGCCCCAGAUACCUUUACAUCACAUUGGAAGAGGAAGUCAAAGCAAAGAAAAGCUUAAAGAGACUCAGAGGAAGUGAUGAUGUCACCAAAGACCUCAAUGAAAUGAAAAAAGAAAAAGAAGAAGCAUCAAGUGAGCAGAAAGUGUCUGUAAUUCAGCUCUUCACCAAUCCCAGCUACCGACAACCUAUCAUAGUGGCACUCAUGCUGCAUAUGGCCCAGCAGUUCUCUGGGAUCAAUGGUAUCUUUUACUACUCAACCAGCAUUUUUCAGACUGCUGGAAUCAGCCAACCUGUUUAUGCAACCAUUGGAGUUGGUGCUAUCAACAUGGUUUUCACUGCUGUCUCCGUACUGCUUGUGGAACGGGCGGGGCGGCGGUCUCUCUUUCUAAUCGGAAUGAUUGGGAUGUUUUUCUGUACCAUCUUCAUGUCUGUGGGACUUGUGCUGCUGGACAAGUUCUCUUGGAUGAGCUAUGUGAGCAUGACCGCCAUCUUCCUCUUUGUCAGUUUUUUUGAAAUUGGACCAGGCCCAAUCCCCUGGUUCAUGGUGGCUGAGUUUUUCAGUCAAGGACCACGCCCCACAGCCUUAGCACUAGCUGCAUUCAGCAACUGGGCCUGUAAUUUCGUUGUAGCUCUGUGUUUCCAGUACAUUGCGGACUUCUGUGGACCUUACGUGUUUUUUCUCUUUGCUGGAGUGGUGUUGGUCUUUACAUUGUUUACAUUUUUUAAGGUUCCAGAAACCAAGGGAAAGUCUUUUGAGGAAAUUGCUGCAGAAUUCAGAAAGAAGAGUGGCUCAGCCCAGAGACCAAAGAAGGCCACUGUAGAAAUGGAGUUCCUUCGAGCUGGAGAGGCAGUGUAAAAUUACCUGCUUUUUUUAUAUGAACAAAUGAGGAUGGAAACAAUGUAUUUUUUUAAGAAUUCCUUGAGGAUUUCAUAUCUUAUAUCUUAAAGUAUUGCUUUAUUUUUCUGGAAGAGUUUUAUGGGUUU